GAUCGUCGUUCCGAGCAGGAAAUCUCUCUUAAACCCUAAAUCAUGAGACGAGCUUUACUCAACAAAAUCACUGUUCGUUAUCUGCUAACCCCACCACCACCUCCUCCUUCUCGAUCCUUCACGCCCAUUUCGAAAAUCAAUCAUACACUCUUUGGGAGUUUUCGUUCCAAGAUCAGAUUCUUCUCAACUGAAAAUGGGGAUUCAUCCAUAGACGUACCCAAUCCUGCUUCAGAAAAAAACAGCAUUGAUAAACCGCCAGCAAAGCAACUCGAAGUCGAGGAUGUCAGCAAUAAAGAGCUGAAAAUGCAGAUAGAGAAGUACUUUAAUGAAAAGGAUGAAGAGGCGUUGCCUGCUGUAUUUGAAUCGAUAAUUAGGAGGAAGGUGAAAGGAAAGCAUUCAGAUACAGACGAUGAGCUGCUGGAAGAGUUUCGUAUGCAACCAAUUGAUAGUGUCAAUGAUAAGGAGUUUGAAUCAGAUUUUGAGGAAAUACAUGAAACGGAUGAUGAGAUAGAUAAUCUGUAUGAUGCCAAAGAUAUUUUGAUCAAGAGAAUGACGAAAAACGAAUUCUUUUACAUGGAUGAUCGAAAAUGGGAAGGGAUGAUUAAGGAGGCUACAGAUACUGGUCAUGUUAAGGAUACUAAGGAGUGUGAGGAGAUACUACAGGAUAUGUUCAUGUGGGAGAAACUCCUCCCAGACCAUCUGAAGAAAAAGGUUGAAGAAAAAUAUAAUGAGAUAGCAGAUUUGGUUGAAACUGGUGAGCUUGAGCCUGAGGCUGGUUAUGAGAUAUAUCAGGAGUUCGAGCACAAUAUGCUCAUGAAGCACGUUGAGGAGAUGGAGAAAGCUGGUCCACCGAAGUUUGAUGAUGAACCUGAGAAGAAGGAUGUAGAUGAUCCUCCUGGUGAUGGACCGAUACUUAGGUGGCAAACACGGGUCGUCUUUGUUCCUGGUGGUGAGUCAUGGCACCCAAAAAACAGAAAAGCAAAACUGGCUGUCACUUUGAAAGAGCUUGGCCUUUCGAAGAAUCAGUUUCGCCGACUACGAGAAUUGGUUGGGAAAAGAUACAAUCCGGGAAAAGAUGAACUUACGAUAAGCAGUGAGAGGUUUGAACAUCGUGAGGAGAAUAGGAAAGAUUGUCUUAGGACUUUAUUAGGCCUGAUUGAGGAAGCUGCUAAAGCUGAUAAGCUAGUUGAUGAUGUGCGGACUUCGUAUGUGAAGAAUAGACUUCGAGCCAAUGAUAAGUUCAUGGAGAAGUUGAACGCCAAGAUCAUGAGAAAACAAGGAUCCAACGUGUUACACGCAUGAUGAGGGUGUAUGUGUAGAAUGAACCACAAAGGCGAACUCGGGAAGGUCAUAACAAGCAUGUUCUACGACCGACCUGAAUUUCUUUCUAGAUAACAAAAAGAAAACGUUUUCUUUUUGGUGUUUUGAUAGUACAAUGAACAUGAGAGAUUGAAAUCUUCUUUCAUCGUAGACGUUUUUUUUGAAUUUUUUUUUCCUUAUGCAUCGAUCGAGUUUAGCCCUUGUUCCGCUUCAUAGAGGUAUAGGUGAAUUUUAGACCAUAAAACCUACGUUCCGGUAUGAACGGUUGGAUCGUGGUUCCGAAUUAUUAUUUUUUGUUGUAUAAUUAUAAUUUGUUGUUUUUGUGGUGGUUUUGUUUCAUCCCAAAAGAUGGUGCACAUAGAGCAUAAUAUGUUCAUGUAA